UAUACAUAACCUCGAAUUUCAUUGACAUCUCUUUGGGCGGGAAUCUCGAAAGAUUUAUGCUUUCGUUUAAUUAUCUAGAAAAAUGUCACAGAAUAUUUUGAAAAGCAGCUUGGAAAAUGCUUCCUUCAAUAUUGUAUUUCAGAUAAUAUGUAGAGCUGUUACUUUUGUUUUAAAUGCUUUUGUUGUACGACAUGUGGGUCAAGCAGUUUUAGGAGUUAUAAAUGUGAGACUGUUGCUGUUGGAAUCAAUGAUUUUGUUUCUAUCUAGAGAACCAUUCAUGAAAGCAUGUUUAACUAAUACAGCAGAACAUAAUUGGGCUCAAGUUGUAAAUUUAUUAUGGGUGACGGUUCCUAUUUGUGUUGCAAUGUCUAUGAUGUUUGGAUAUAUUUGGCUUUAUCUUUUAUCAACAUCUGAAGCAUUACCAUCGUAUUAUACAUUUGCUGUUUGGGCAGUUGCUUUAUCUUGUAUUAUUGAACUAUCAUCUUUAAUUGUUCAAUUAGUUGCUAGUGCAUUCUUAUUUGUUAGAUUGAAAAUUAUACUUGACACCAUUAUGAUUGCUAUCCGCACAUUGACAUUUGUUCCACUGGUACUUUAUAAUCCAGAGAAUGCAUUACUUGCAUUUGGUGUAGCUCAAUUAGUUGCAGCAAUAUUUUGUACUACUAGUCACUAUAUGUACUUUCAUUAUUAUAUUAGAAAACUGAACAGUUGUAAAUUAAAAAGGAGAAUGUCAUUGAAAGACUAUGGCGACGAAUAUGUUGUGAAAGAAUUUCCAUUUGAAACAGUAAUGGACUUCCUGCCAGGACAAAUGGCAAAUAAAGAAUCCUAUCUAGAUAAAAAAUUAACUAUCCUUACAUGGAGUUUCUUUAGACAAGGAAUUCUAAAGCAAAUAUUAACUGAAGGAGAAAGGCUAAUUAUGACAGUAAUGCCAGUAUUAACAUUUACUGAACAGGGAACAUAUGAAAUUGUGAAUAAUUUAGGUUCUCUAGCAGCAAGAUUUAUUUUCCGUCCAAUAGAAGAAAGUGGGUACUUCUAUUUUACCCAGAUGAUUAAACGAGAUAAACCAAUUAAUGAUCAAAAUCCUAUGAAAAUUCAGGAAAGUGUAAAUGUACUUACACAUUUGUGUUCAGCUGUUAUGUCCAUUGGUUUAGUUGUUUUAGUAUUUGGACAAUCGUAUUCAAGUACUCUGUUAUGGUUAUACGGUGGUGCAAAAUUAACUUCGCAUCUACCGGUACUUCUAAUGCGAGCGCACUGCUUAGCUAUUCUACUUUUGGGAAUAAACGGAGUAACAGAAUGUUAUACCAAUGCAACAGCUGAUAGCGCAACUAUAAACAAAAGCAAUUUAAUUAUGAUUUAUCAAUCGAUUGCCUUUUUGGGCGCAUCAUAUUUGUUCGCCAUUUGGUUCGGGCCAGUUGGUUUUAUUCUUGGAAAUUGUGUAAACAUGAGCUUGAGAAUUUUACAUUCUACUAGUUUUAUCAAUAAGAGAUAUAAAGAUUCGAUAUACCACCCAUUACGAGGAUUAGUACCAAAGCCUAUGUUUUCUGCUUCCCUUCUUAUUGCAGCUCUAGUCACCAAUAUAUCUCAUAGUUACUUUUUCCCAGAUGAAAAAAUAUUACACUUAGUUAUUGGAGUAAUAAUGUUUAUGAUGGUGUUUAUAUCUUGGAUAUAUGAACAUCAUGAUCUAAUCAGACUUGGUACAAAUAAGUGGUAUGAAAGGAGGAACAGAAAUAAAAAGAGUGACUGACCUUAACUCUACUUAUAAUUGUUUAUUUAUAUUUACAUACAAAUUAUUUACAAAGGUGCUGCAAUGCAGAAUUCCUAUAAAUUAUAUCAUAUUUAAUAAUUA